AUGAAGGCUUUACUCACCCUUCUUUUAGCCUCUGUUGUGGCUUGUAAGCCUACCGUUUAUCUCAUCCGACAUGGUGAGAAGCCAGCGAAUGGAUCCAAUGGCCUAAGCAUUGAGGGAGUUGAACGUUCCCAGUGUCUCCGUAACGUGUUUGGAAAGGCCUCGGGCUACAACAUCGAUUAUAUCCUGGCACAAGAGUAUAAGCCAAGCGGCAAGGAAGACCGACCCUAUGAGACAGUUCUCCCUCUAUCAGAAGAUCUUGGUCUCAACAUUGACACUCACUGUGACAGAGAUGAGCCUGAAUGCGUAGCUAAGGCUGUCAAGGAGUAUAAAGGAGAUGGGAAUGUUUUAAUCUGCUGGGAGCACCACAGGCUCACAAAUAUCACCGAGGCUCUGGGCGUCAAGGAUACGGAGGAGUACCCAUCUGAUAGGUUUGACAUAAUCUGGACGUUGUCCAAGAACUACAAGUACAUCAAGGAUAAAACGUCCGAAGGUUGUCCGGGAUUGGAUGAAAAGUAUAUUGGGGAGGAACAGGACUUUUGUGAAGAGGAACAGGACUCUUAUAAAGAGGAACAAGACUUUUGUGAAGAAUAUUAG